AUGCAUUUCCAUACAGAGAGCAGCACAGCACACGCUGCAACAACAGAUGGCAACCUAUUCUUCACAGACGUAAACGGUGAAGACCCAACAGCCCCUGCAGAGCUCGUCGACUACACCCCGCCGAACCUUGAAACGUCCAGCACCAUUGAUAGCAGCGAAGACGAGGUUAUAUUCAACGGGCGGGGCGGCACUCGAAGCACCGGAACCAAUCUUGAAAACAGCCGCGUGCGUGCAAAAGACGUACCAGCACCAGUGCAGGUCAGAACAUUUGAAGAAAGCACCCUGGUCGCAAAUGGGCCGUUCACCAGAGAAACCAUCGACCCCGCUCCAAUAACACUGCGAGGUGUAACCGGUGCUCAGAAAAAGAGACACUCGCGCCAACGAUUCCAACAGGCAUUUUUUGCCCAAAAUGACGAUGCGAUACUGGCCGACUAUGUCGAAAACAUGGAUUCCCAAUAUGCCAUGCCCGACGACUCGUCUACUAGUGACGACCAGUCAGAUUUAUCAGACGAAAACCCAGUGAAGAUGCGCAGGGCAGUGGCCUUUAAGCAGAAACAUAACAGCCAUUCCGCUUCUCGAAAACCCAAAGGCGCAUUUCCCGAGAACGAGUUACCUGACCCGAUCAACAGUGAACCCGUAGGAAAAGAAGUGAUGGAAUCACAGGAUGACUCUACGGAUGAGGAGUACGACGAUAGUGAGGUGUCAGUAUCGAUAAGUGACCUCAUAUCGUACUCCCAACGUCGGCCUCCCCAGGACUCGAAAGCGAAAAACAUGACACAAAAACUUCCCCGUACAAACGCAUACGACGAUUUCCUUGACUACGAGAAAUUUGCCGAUUUCGAUAUUAUGGACAUUGAACGUGACAGUCUCCACAAGAAGAAGAAGAAAAAGAAAGGCCGCAAGCUUGAUUUUGACCUUAGCGACAGUGAUCUCGAGAUGCAACUACAGGCAGGCUGGGAGAGAGACAGGAACAAAAAGAAAGCCAAGAAGCAAGAAAGAGAACAACUCCGUGCUCAGGGCCUGCUUGGAAAACGGCCAAAACUACCCGCAGAUGGAGCUGGCAUUACUAUGGAAGAGGUGAAAACGCAAAUCAAGGGCUUUCUUCUGUCUUCUGCUGACACCUUGGAUCUGCCACCCAUGGACAAGAAGCAAAGGAGGGUGGUACAUGAACUUGCAAAUGCCGUGUCCCUCAAGUCACAAUCGAGAGGCAAAGGGUCUACCAGAUAUCCUGUCAUGUACAAGACUGUCAGGACCCCCAAUUUCAAUGGCAAGCAUAGUGUGAAGCUCGACAAGAUCCUGUCCCAGCCUCGGUUCGUCAAGAUUGGGAAUAUGCGGCCACGCAACUACGACAAAGAGCCAAAGAAAGGGAAAAAUCUACAGCGCAGCAAAGGCGAUUUCGGGUACAUUGAAGGGGACGUCGUGGGAGGCGCUGCUCCAGAAAUCGCAGCCAAUAACAAGGGUCGGGCAAUGCUGGAAAAGAUGGGCUGGAGUUCUGGAACAGCUCUGGGUGCUACGAACAACAAGGGUAUCCUGCAACCGGUGACUCAAGUCAUGAAGAAUUCCCGUGCAGGUCUGGGUUAA